AUGGAGACGGGCCGGCGAGACGCCUCGUCUGAAGGGGAGGGAGCGAAGGGCAGCAAGCUGGCAGCGAAGUUGCCCUCGUCGCCCGGCAAGAAGAAAGCGAGCAAGAAGAAGAAGAAGAAGAAGAAGGCAGUUCGUGAUCACGAAAAGACUUCCAGCAAAAGCAAGAAGCAGCCCAUCUUUGCCAUAUUCCCCCUCCACCUGCUCCAGCGCCAGCACGGCACUGGCGGGCCGCAGGAAGACCACGCCAGGGGCGUGCCAGGCAAAGCCGCGAGGCGUCCGCUCUCGGCCUCCCCGCCGGCCAUUUCCGUCUUGACUCCAGAAGACGCUGGCCAGCCCAACGAGAGUCUUCGCUGGGACGGCGUGCUGGAGGACCCCAUCGCAGAAGAGGAGAGGCUGUGCAACUACAGGCUGAACCGGAGGAAACGCUACGGGGCUUUCUUGCAACAAAGUUUCCCGCUGGAGCCUUCCUUUCCUUGCAAGCAGCUGCCCGAACUGGACAAAGCGGCCGAGGUGGAGAAAGAGCAUCCGCUGCCCAAGAGCAAGUCCUCCUCCAUCAUGGCCACCAAAAGCAGAAGGCGACCCAUUCCUAAGCUGGGCACCAAAAUCUCGAAGAAACAGCCGGCAGUGUUGCAACCCAGUAAGUCUCAGGGAGUUCUGUAA